UUAUUUUGACGGACUCGGUGUUGUUUCGCGAAGCAUAAAUAAUAACAACAUCAUAUUAUUUAAGUAAAUUUAAACUGAGAAGAAAAGUCUGAAGUCAUCAUCAUCAAAAUGCAAAGUGAAAAUGAAAUCAAAGUUAAAAUUAUGUCAAAAAAUGGCUGUGUAACAAUGACUCUAAAUUCACUUUGUCAAAUGCAUCAAUUUAAAGAGAAAUUAGCAGACUCAGCUGGUAUACAUGUGGAUUCUAUUGUUAUUAGUAAAGGUUAUUUAAAACCAAGGGAGAUUGUUGAUUUUAGUGUAGCAGAUGCUAAAAUCUCAGACUGCAAUAUCGUUAAUGGUGAUAUAUUUUAUGUUAAUGAAAAACCACCUGGAGAAAUAAAACGUGAAGACGUUCCGAGAAAUGAAGUAGUAAAUACUGAAAUAUUUGGUGAAAAUAAUGGAAUGCUAUUGAAAAAAGUUGUUCCCGGAGAUAAUUCGUGUCUUUUCACUAGUAUUGGCUUUGUUAUCAACGGUAAAGUUGAACCAGCUUGCGCUAAUUACAUGCGAAGCCUAGUGGCAAGUGCAGUAGAACAAGAUCCAGACGAAUUUUCUGAAGCCAUCCUGGGUAUGCCUAACGCCGAAUACUGCAAGUGGAUCAUGGAACCUGAUGCCUGGGGCGGAGCAAUAGAAUUAUCCAUUCUUUCCAAGUACUAUGGAAUGGAAAUAGCUGUCGUCGACAGUAUAAAUGCCAUAAUCAACAGAUUUGGCGAAGAUCAUCAUUACCCUCUUCGAGUUUUUCUCAUGUUUGAUGGAAUUCAUUUUGAUCCUCUCUACCUGGAACGAGAUGGAGAAUCUAAUCAGACAAUUUUCCAAUCCGACGACAAUAACAUAUUACAACAAGCUAUCGAAUUGGCAAAGGAAGCAAACUCUAGUCGUCAAUUUACUGAUAUUCAAAAAUUCACGCUCAAGUGUUCGGACUGUGGUGUAUUCUUUAGUGGACAAGUAGCCGCCUCAAAUCAUGCCAAGCAAACAGGUCACACUAAUUUCGGUGAGGUAAUGCCUUAGCAUUUUUUAAAAAUGCGUUGGUAUGCAGCUCAAAACUCAGUCCCAAUGUAUCACAGAAUCUUGUACAAACAGCAUUUAGUUUUCUCGUAAUACUUUUUAAUUUAGUGGUGAAAAACUAUAAAUAGAUUCUAAUUUCUAUAAAUUGUAAAAAGCAAUUUUUAUAAUUUAAGUCUUUUUAAAAAAAAUUUCCGUAUUUGAAAUCGAAAUAUUUAAAA